UCAAGUAAAAGUCAUUCACUGAUAAGAAAUUUUCCUUCUGUUCAUUGACUUUAAUUUAUGCGAAUUUUUCACGUUUCAAUCUUUGCAAAAAAAUAUCUCACUGGGCGUGUAUCUCGUGAUCCAUGAUCCUACAUAUGCUGUACUUUCCAUAAAGAAGAUGCAUUGAACUUAAUUGACGGUAGCAGAUAAAAAGUUGAGGGUAUUGCAGAGUUAUUCAGAAAUGAAAAGACUCUACAGCAAAAAAUAUGGUAGGAGACAUGGCAGAUUUGUUAGACAGACCAGGGUUAUCAACAGCUUACCACCACAAAGGAAUUUAAUCCUGCUUUAUCAUAGACUACGAUCUACCAGGCAGGUCACAAGGCCAAUUUUUCCUAAUUCACAUUUGAGAGAGCCUUCUCACAAUGAAAGCUGCAAUUCAAUGAAGAAAAUAUCAAAUCACAGCUUACAAGAAAUCGAUUGGCAAAAGCUCACAAAUUUUCCCAGAGUUUGUGUUAACAGCCUUCAUUCUAAUCUGCUCAUUGAGAUUAUGACUUGGUCAGAGUGGUGUUUACUUUCAUCCAUCUUUGUAGUGCUGGAAGAGGAGAAUCUUGAAGUCUGUUCAGCCCAUACAAUUUGUGUGGCGAAGAAAGUAUUUUAUACCAUCUUGGUAAAGGUUUUGGAGACAUCUGAGGUAGAUAGUGAAGGUCUUCGUACAAAGCUCCACUUGGUUGCUGCAGAAAAAUGAGAAGGUACUCAUCUGUCGGUGGAGGCAAGAGAUAUUUAGCAUCUUUAAAGAAUGUUUUACUUUGAGAUACAUGCCUUACCUUGAAAAGACUACAUCAGUGAUUUAUUGUUAUUUUAAUUAUUCAGAACCAGCAGUAUUCCUUUCAUGUUUUAGAUCAACUCUUAUUGUCAAGUGGUAGGAAACAAUAUAUUUAGAGCUCCAUGGAGAAAAUAAUGAAUAUGGGAUAUCCUUGUAAUAUUAAAGUGAGCCAAAGGAAUCCCUCUAAAAUGUGAGGGGUUACAGGCAUAUAAAUGGUCUGUAGCUACUGUUUUUAGCUGCCUGGUUAUAGAGUGUAGCAUUUUUAUAUUGUUACUUAUAAUUUGAUGAUUAAUAUU